AUGUCCAUGUUAGUACGCCCACCGAAACGAAAGCUGCAUGACGUCGAGCCUUCUUCCACUAUCCACCUUUCAACCAGACAUCCUUCUCGUCGAUCGAGCGAACACAGAGAAGCAUCCGGAGAUUCGCACCCACAGCUGCUAGAAUCACACCCGAAGCGCGGAUCCCCGACACUAAUUGAACAUGGCUAUCUUCAAACUCCACGCACAUUCGGCCGGACAGCAUCUAUCGUAUUGAUCGGGAUCCGUGGCACGGGAAAGUCAAGUCUGGCGGUCAUCCUCGCGGCGACAUCCGGACGACGAUUGAUCGAUGCAGACCGCUACUUUCACCAGAGUGUUGGAUGUUCCCGUGCUGUGUUCAGGAAGGAAAAUGAUGGAUCCGUGUAUCGGCAACAAGAGGCCCGGGUCUUUGAGUCGAUGUUGGCAGAAAACCAAGAGGGAUGCGUGAUUGCGUGUGGAGCUGGAUCAAUGGAAAGCAACGGCCAAAAACUUCUGAGGGAAUUUGCGCAGACACAUCCGGUUAUCCACGUUAUUCGAGAUCCAGAGAGCAUACAGUCGUAUCUUAAAGCGUGGGAUACGCAAAAGGUACGACAUUUCCUAGAAUUGUCAGGUCCGAUAUAUCGAGGGUGCUCCAAUUUCGAGUUUUUCAACCUGUCAGAGCUCAGAAAUGAUGGUCUGGGCAAGGGCAGCGACAAUUCGUCGCUGACGGACCGGAUAGAACCUAGGUCACAUACCCCGGUUCCUUUUUUAACGCUGAAACGAGUUCAGCGGGAUUUUCUCCGCUUCGUUGCGUUCAUAACGGGUGAUAUUGCCGAACUUAACAGCCAACAUGCAUCCUUUCCCCUGUCGCUGUUGCCUGUUGAAUCUCGGAUGUAUACAUCGGCAGUAUCAGUACCAUUUUCAAGGGUCUGUGAGAAGGGUAUGGAUAUUGAGCAGCUGGAAUUCACUGCCGAUGCCUUCGAACUAGCAGUCGACGUAACAGACUCUUCUGGCCAGCCAGGUCUCAGCUCAAGUCUUGCGGACAGUAUCAGUCAAGCGGUAGCAGUCAUUCGACGCAACAUAAUUGUGCCUUUGAUCUACCAUGUGGAAAGCUAUACUACCUCCACGGGAUCUUUGUCUCCUAGUCAAGUUCCAGUGAGAUGCACAGAUGAAACUUACUUUAGCCUCGUCCGCCAUGGCUUGCGUCUCUCCACCGGUUUCCUCACAGUAGACCUCACCCGUGAUGACGCUAUUAUUUCCCAGAUUAUUUCUGCAAGUGGGCGAACCAGGAUCAUUGGCCACUUUGAAGCCUUCCAUCCUCUGCCGGGGGGCUGGGAUGGCGAUGAAUAUAUCAAGGUUUAUGAACGGGCCAAAAGCCUAGGAUGCGAUAUAGUCCGAAUGUGCCAACCAGCCCAGACACCCGAAGACAAUCUCGCGGUGCAAAGAUUCCGCCAUCGCAUCCAAAGCCUGCCCGUUGCCGACCUUCCUCUCAUCGCCUAUAACACCGGGCCUCUAGGCCGCAUGUCUCGCUGCUUCAAUCCUAUCCUAUCCCCAGUCACACAUCCGUCACUAAUACCGGAAUAUCCAGCUCAUUUACCAUCGUGCAUCACAGCCCGCGAAGCACAGAUGGCACUUUACAGCUCAUUCGCCCUGGAUCCGAUGCAAUUCUUUGUCUUUGGCGCCAAUACAACGUACAGUAUGUCGCCCGCCAUGCACAACACUGCUUUCAAAAUAUGCGGUUUGCCGCACAAUUACUCCAUUCAUCAAUCACCUACUCUACGAGGGUUAAAUGACCUUGUGGAAAAUCAAUACUUCGGUGGAUCAAGUGUCAGUCUCCCGUACAAGACAGAGUGUAUUCCUCUGCUUCAUUCAAUGUCCACGCAUGCCCGAGCCAUUGGUGCCGUCAAUACGCUCAUUCCAAUCCGCAAUCUCGAUGACCUGGAUGAUACCCGUCUUCAGGAAUCUUCAAUAUUUCUCCAAAAGAGCCGUGCCGGCCCUGUCAAGGGCCUUCAUGGUGACAAUACCGAUUGGAUUGGAAUCUGCAAUUGUAUUCGCCGGGGUCUGUCCCCGGCAAACGCCGUACGUUCAUCAUCAACAGGUCUUGUCAUCGGAUCUGGUGGAAUGGCCCGCGCUGCAAUUUACUCCAUGAUCCAUCUUGGUGUGCAAAAUGUCUUCAUCUACAAUCGUACACUUUCCAAUGCAGAGAGACUGGCCCACCACUACAACCGCCAGGAUCUCCACUCAAAAGAGGCUAGAGGGCCUGGGCGUCCCACAGUUCGCAUUAUUGCUUCAUUAUCCGACCCAUGGCCUGCAGACUUCAAACAGCCGACGAUUGUUGUCUCUGGAAUCCCGGCUCAUAGCAUUGGAGGCGAGCCAGCACCCAACUUCCAGAUUCCAGCACAAUGGCUCGAGAGCCCGACAGGUGGCGUUGUUGUUGAUCUGGCAUACAAGCCCCUCAAUACCCCUCUCAUGAAACAAACACGGGCUCUAUCCCACAGGGGCUGGGUAGCCCUGGAUGGUCUAGAUGUUCUGCCAGAGCAAGGUUUCGCUCAGUUCGAACUAUUCACCGGCCGCCGCGCUCCACGGCGCGUUAUGCGGAGCAUUGUACUUCAAGAGUACAAAGACGAUGAAGGAAAUAAUGACCACCAAGCGAUACAAGACAGGUUACAGCAAAUGGACGGACAGCCGACUUGA